UGUAGCCGGAUUCAAGCCCUGUGGCGUUGUUAUCGCGCCAGGACUAGCUGAUCAAAUAUUGUAGGAAUUCCAGUGUGAACGAUGGUGCAUAUGAACAAAUCUACCGCAUGUAUUAGAUGGACAGCGUUUGCUUUAGAUGUGCUUAUAUCGAUUGGCGGUUCAGUGAUGCUUGGUAUUUCAAUUUGGGUUUAUACGCAAGAUAACGAAUAUAAACACAUCUCCAAAAACACAACUGCGUCGGCGUGUUUUAUUGCAUUGUCAGUUCUUGUGUUCAUCAUUGGUUUUCUCGGCACUUGCGCUAUUCUUCUUCUAAAGUCGGGUUUGCUGAAGUUUUAUUUUACUAUGAUAACAAUCUUACUUCUUAUCGAACUGGCUGGUGCAAUCUACCUCUACUUACAGCAGGAUAAGAUUCAGGGUUUUAUUCAUAAAAACUGGAACGAGACUGAAGACAAAACAAGAAUCUUGAUACAAGAAAAGCUCAAAUGUUGUAGUAUGAAGCCAGUCAUAACAACCCAUGCCUCGUCAAACGACCCAUCGUGUUUCGAAACUGUGGAUGGAGACCAAGUCAGACUAAAAGACUGCUAUAGUGAACUGAUAGACUGGCUGAAAAGGAAUGUUGUUGUACUUGCUACGUGUGCUGUUGUCCUUGCUUCUAUUCAGAUGUUUCUACUUGCAAGUUCAUGUCGUCUGUUAGCGUCCAUUGAGUCUGGUGACCGCAUGAUAAAACAGGUCAAAGUCCGACCAAUGGACGAACAACCUCACAAACCAAGAACUAAUAAAACUUUCAAUCGCGGAAAUGUGGACGAACCAGAAGCAUUUACCUAUGAAAAGAGCUCACUUGAAGAAAAAUUAGAAAGGCGACAAUGGGCCAGAAUUGGAGAUAGUUACAAUAAAAGAAAAACCCUAGCGACGAGAGCUGCAAAAACACGAAGAUGAUGUGGAGACAGCAGAUCUGAAGGACAGACAUCGAACAUGCAAGAUCCAGUUCCAUUGUUCUCUGAACAUUUGUAUAUCAUUUCACACAAGAAUGGUUGGGAUUUGUUCACCACUAAAGAUUCAAACUAUUUUUUAGGGUUUUUCCUUUCCACCUCGCCUCCCACUUCACUUGUCUUCGCUCCUCGACCCACCAAGGUGGAGGCCAACGAAUGAUUGUACAUGUAAACAUGCAUGGUAAUGGUUUUGCAUGGAUACUCGUGUAUUGAGAACUAAGCGGCUUUGUGCAUGGCAGGGGGUUGCAGGGUGGACAUGGUUCAUGUUUGCAGAACAAAACCCUGCUGUCCAUGUAUUAUGUCUGGGAUUUUAAAGUUGCGCACAAUCCGUGAAGCACGUAGCACUAAUUACUGGUGUUGAUAAAACAAUACCAAACAAAUUAGCAAACUAACGCUAUAUUAAGUACCGCUUCAUCAUCGAAACUGGACGGUCUGGAGAUUUUAGCUUAUUAGAGGACGCUAUCGCACAUAAAAAGACUAGACCGACCCUUUCCCCGUUCAUGGUCUCUGGUUGAAAUACGUUGUGUUGUGAGUAACGGUUCGGUCUCAAACUGCACGCCACACAUACUCAAUUUUAGUUAUGUUGCUUUCUCGCCGAGUUGCUUGUUUUGAGUAUAUCAAGAGUGACCGUAUUAUCUAAUAAAUUAAACUAUAGUUUUAUUGAUUA